GGUUAUGCCCCUGAUAGGCAGAGAGAUUCUAUUUUCCCAUAGAACAAUGAAGGAGCUAUAGAAGUGUGACUCUUACAGAGGAAAUAGAAAUGUUAUGUACGACAAGUAAUGCUAUCUAAAAUAAACUUGGAUAGGAGGUUAAAUCCAAAGUGUGAGUGUUAUAAUGAUUAUUUAACUACUCAAUGGCUAAUUGCUUUGUAAACAUAUUUAAAAUGUUCAAUACCGUUUUGUAAUUAAAAAGAGAAAUUUUUAUGUAAAUAAGUAGGAGAUGCAGUUUUUCUGGUAUGCCACACCAAAAUAUUUGGCUACCAAAAUAAAGCGAAUUAAUUUUCUCUGGUUUCUUUGCCUGAUAAUAGCUGAUGCAUUACUUCUCACAAUCAAUGUAGCUAUGUUAGUAAUAAUAUAUUAUGAAAGCUACUGUCUAGCAAGUGGGCCCAAAACUGCUUCAAAACAAUGUUUGUCUCCCCCACCCAUUCCCAAAUGGAAAUUCAGUGCAUGCUUCUAGCCCUAUGCACAUAUUUAAAGCACAGUUGAAGUCAUUAGUCACUAGAGUUUGUAUGGAGAUGGAAGGUGUCAGUACUUUGGAAUGAAAAUCCAUCAACAGUGCAGGUGAACGGGUUCAAGUCUACUUACUAUCUGUAGGUACCCCAGAUAAGGAGACUAGCUCAGCAACCUUGGAACGGCAGACAAAAGUAAGGUACAUUAUUAAUUUAAUCCUCGAGACACUUUUCUAGGGAUGGUGAAAUGUCUGGUUAUAAAUCUGCUAGCUACUGCUUAUCGUGACUUGAUGGAUAGGGCUUCAAUUGACAUUAUUCGUCGAGAAUUUGCAUGACACGACCACGAGGGAAGUAGUUGGUUUGAAGUUUGCUUUGAGAAACACUGCACUCGUUGCUGGGAUCUAAAUAACCAGAACUGCAUGCACUGGACGUCUACAGACACCCGAAUUUUUAGACGCGGCGGAGGUCGGGUUGGAGCAGCCACGACAUGGAGCGGUCCUCCGGAGGGAAGAAGGAAGACGCCGAGAAGAGGGCGCCGCUGCUGGGAGACCAAGAUGGCCGUGCAGUCGAGCUGCUGCCCCCUGACGGCGGCUGGGGGUGGAUGGUGUCUCUGGGCUCCGCGCUCAGCAACAUUAUAACAUACCCUGCAAUGCAAACGUUCGCCUUGGUGUACAAAGACAGGUUUUUUAGUAUUGGAAUGUCGGCGACUCAGAUAUCCAUUUUAAUCAGCGUGAAUGCAGGCUUUGGCAUGAUUUUCGGUAUGAUUCACGGAGUAUUCAUCAAGCGGUUCGGCUACAGAAAAGUAGCCGUCGUCGGAUCCAUCAUAAUGUUCUCGGGCAUGCUGGCCACUAGCUUCGGGAACUCCUUCGCGUACUUCCUCACCACGCAUGGAUUCGUUUUCUCGUUCGGCAUGAGCAUGUUGGCGCACGCCUUCCACGUGGCCUUGAACUCGUACUUCAAGGAGAGGCGAGGCAAGGCGAUGGGUCUGGCCAUGACGCUGACGGGAAUAGGACCCACGGUGAUGCCCCUGCUCAUCAGCCAGCUGCUGGAGCGCUAUGGUGUGGUCGGCACGGGGCUCAUCAUGAGCGCUCUGAACCUGCACUCUCUCGUCGGGGCUUUACUCCUGCAGCCCGUCAAGUGGCACAUGAGGCCGCGACCCGUCGAUCCUGCCCGAGAACCACUCAUGGAUUUCAAGAGUUUGGUCAAAAGUGAUAGCAAGGAUGAUGCAAUCACGCCUGUACAAAUAACAGUCGAUCUCCAAGUCAAAGCUCAAAAUUUUGAAGACCCUGACAUGCCAACACUCCAGAAGAAAGAUCACUUACACACAUCUAGUGGCGAGAGGACGACUGAACCAGAGGAAGCGGAGUCGGCGAGUCCUGCGGGAAGGAGCGACUCCGUGGCGGCGCCGGUGGCCGAGGACGACCUCCCAGGCACGGACAAGCAGUUGGACGAUGGACAGAGCUUCGAAAUUCCGAAGUCAAAUGCUGAACAGAGAAAGGAUUCAAAUAUCUCCAAUCAACCGUAUAAUGAACGCUGCAUGGCUUCAAGUAAAGUAAGUGAUGAACAGGAUGAUGUGGCUACAGAAAAGAAAGAUGACCCGAAAGAGCAAAAUAAGACAACUUUAUGGCAGAGAAUCGCAACAGAAAUGGACUUGAGCUUGCUGAAAGACCCGAGCUUCAUCAAUCUCCUUUUUGGGAUAUGCAUCGCCAUAACGGCGGAGCUGAAUUUUUCUAUGCUCACGCCACUUAUCCUCGCCGACCUGAGCUUCACGGACAACCAGAUUGCGCUCACCAUGUCCACCAUCGCGGCUGUGGACAUAGUGUUCCGGUUCCUCUCUCCUUUCUUCGCAGACUACAUGCACUACAGUGCGAAGACCAUGUACCUGAUCAGCCUAGUUCUGCUUAUAGUCUCCAGGACGACUGUGAUGUUCUUCACCACGUUCUCCUCGCUGAUGCUGGUGAGCGUGGCGCUGGGGGUGGCCAAGGGCGUGCGGACGGUGUACAUGACCUUGGUGAUCCCCAGCUACGUGACGGUGGAGCAGAUCCCGCUGGCGACGGGCAUGCAGAUGCUUCUGAACGUCGUCUUCUACCUCACCUGCGGCCCAAUUAUCGGUUAUGUUCGCGAUGUGAGUGGAAGUUACAACGCGUGCAUAUUUAUUAUAAACAUACUAUCAUUCGUGACCAUAGUUAUGUGGCUUACUGAGUUUUUUUACAAGAAAUUUAAAAUCAAAAGCGAACCUUCUGCGGCUUGACUUUUUAAUAUCUCCAGGACGUCUGCAAUCUUUGGAGCACUGCUAGUGUUUUAAACUCAAACAAAUCUAAGCUGUAUUUGAUCAGGCAUAACAGACAACAUAAUUAUCUGCCACUGUUGUUAGAUUACGUACAUCUUCCAGUAGAAGACAUAUAGAGGGAGAGAGAGAGAGAGAGAGAGAGAGAGAGAGAGAGAGAGAGAGAGAGAGAGAUUUAACUACGCCCGUAAGGUAUGAGAAAGUCUUGUAAAACAGUGGGGAACUGUGCUGGCAACAUUAGAAGAUAUGUUUUGCGGAACUCGAGUGGAGGAAGAAUGUAUGUAAAAGAUGGCGAAGAGCAAGAAAGGCCGGGAAAGAAAAUGAUAUUGAUGUUUACUUUUACGUCAUCAAAGUGAUUUAAAAAAUUUCAGUGAAACAUGCCUGUCAAAUGCAACAUGCCUUAGGAAGGAUUUGGCACCAGUAUUAAAAGUUUGACAUGUAUCCCCGUAACUUACCUCAA